AUGACGGUCUUCGACACUUUGGUGAAGUUGCUUACUGACUCUCUUCUCAAUUGCACGGAUUUGCCCGAAAUACCGCAGACUGGCGAUUUUCUAAGACAACUCUCGACUUCAUAUGUAAUCGCAUUGAUUUUGUCCACUAUAGUAUGCUUGGCCACUACAUUUCUUGGUGUUAUCCAUGUACUAUACAUUUCUGUGUACAUCACACAGUCAGAUAGACGGCUAUUCAUCGUAUAUCUGGCGAGUACAGCCCCAGUAAUUGGUCUCUGUGCUAUCAUUAAUCGCCAUGUAUAUGCCCCGAGUAUGGUUUUUAUCGCAUCUCAUAAAUAUUUUUCGGUUGCGCUUUGGGUUAUCAUCUGCCUUCUUAUGCAGAUAUUCCAAGGACAUCAUUCGUUAGUUAGUAAGUUAAGUGAGCACUUACAACACAUCGAAGUCGCCACACCGCCAUUUUGCUGCGUAUUCCCAUGUUUGCCGAAAGUUCAACUGGAGAGCAAGAAGGUACGAAUCUGUGAACUAAUGGUACUACAAGCUCCAUGCGUUCGCCUUUUUGCAACUUUGGCAAGCCUUGUAAUAUACUUCGAAUACCAAAACAAUGCAUUUGUGAUUUUAAAAGUCUUGGAUUUCAUUACUCUUCCAUCGCUGCUAGCUGGUAUUUACGGUACGCACAUUUUGGUGACGACGGUUUCGCGUUUGGACGAACUGAUCCCAUAUCGAUAUGUCGUUGUGUUUCGAAUUCUUGACGUGUUCUUUAUGUGCUUUGGAUUACAACAACCGAUUUUUGAUUUUCUAGCUCGUUACGGCGUUUUUGGUUGUGGAACAGUUUUACCGGCGAUUGAAACAUCAUUUUUCUGGAAGAACCUAAUCACCGUUAUCGAGUCGUUCCUUGUCACUUUGAUCUCGACUAUCCUGCUCCAGCCUUCGAAAUCGUCAUUCUUCGACAAGCAUCCCAGCUGUCGGUCUAUGACAUCGCGAAAUAGUCACACUAAUGAAACAAGUACAUAA